AUGUCGAAUAUUAUAAACACAAGUGCAAUUAAUGAACCGAUUCCUUUUCACCAAGAUAACUUCGUUCAAGCAGUACGAACCUCUUGUCGUAACUGUCGAGAACGAAGUCACAUUCAAAUAAAUGAAGACGCGAUAACAGAUUUUAUUCAAAACAUUGAUCCUAGUCAAUUUCAAGAACUUUCAAGGAGCGAUGGAUUACAGAUGCCGCUAAAAUUCGAUAAUUUAGAGCAAGAAUUAAACAUUAUAGGAUUAAUCAGUUUAUUGAAUUUUGGAAGUGGAUUUCGUAAAGAAUUGCACGAAGAAUGUGGCAGGGGUGCUUUUAAUACGAUUCGUUAUGGAGUUAUGUCCAUUCACAUAACAUCAUCCCCAUUAUCUGCACGUGCAUUACGAUCAUUGACACUCUCCGAGGUCUCCUCCUUCUUUCAGAUACCACUGAAUGUUGAAGUUUCUCAUCCAACAAUUGAAGCGAUCAAAAUUUCAGAGCAUUCGAAAUCACGACGUUUAGCGGAAUUAAUCACAUGGACGCUAAAUGAUACCGGAAGAAGACUAGAAGAAUUUGGUUUCAAAAGUUUUGCGGAAUUCAUAUUGGAAGCUGCUAAACCAGUGAGUCCAGAUGAAAAGUCCAAAGCAUCCAAAUUUGUUGAGAAGUUAGUUCGAGCUUUUCCAGCUUUUCAAGACAUGACAAAAGUUGACGGAGAGCAGGUGUACAUAUUUAAAAAAGCGCAACUUCUCGCCGCUAAUCUUUAUCGUCAUUUCCAUUCUAAUACCCAAACAAAUAACUUUGAUUUCUCUGACAUAUCUGACCUUACUGUAUGUGCUGAUAAUGAUAUGUCGACAAUUCUAUAUCAUUUUAAGAUCAUCAAUGUAACACCAUUGCUUAAACAAUAUUUGGAUGGAGAAGAGAUCACAAAUAUUCAAGAUGCAACUCGUUUGCGCGCUGCUGUUGUAGACGCUUGCGAAAUCAUCGUAUCCCGAGCCAAAGAAUCAGGACGAAAUGAAAUUAGUUUAAUGGAUUUGAAUGAAUAUAUUUGGAGAAUAGGAAAAGAUGAGAAUUUUAGAAAAUUAGGGAGACCAAUCUUUCGGGAUACUAUGUUCUUUUAA